AUGAUGGAAGGCUUAGUCGAUGAAGUGGGGAUGCCUGGAAGUUCUAGCCCGCAGUACGCCCAAAUCCAGUGGCGUUUAGAGGUUCCGCUUGGUUGCCGUCGAAUCCCAGAGUCGACUGGUAUGCCACACUACACGAUUGCAUUGACGACUAUGGAUCCCAUUAGUGGAACAGUACAAACAACGUGGAUGGUGUGUUCGUACGAGAAGUUAGUGGCUGUGACGCGUAGCGUUGAGAAUGCUCUCGCUGCGCUUGAUUCACCCCAGUAUCGCCGUUUGAAAAGGCUGGUAAAAUGA